GUAUAUUCUGUUUUCUCGAAUUCCAACCAUUCCCGUUUCCUGCAGAACCACCAUUUAAUCCUUCCCCUCUUCCUUCAUUCCCCGUUUAUGCAAGAUAAGGAAAAAAAAAAUCCAGUCGCGUCUACUCUCUCUCUCUCUCUGGGUCGUCUGUGAUACCUCUGCUUCCUUAAAAUACACCUCUUUUCCUCUUCACCGUCUUUUUCCUUCAUCGCUUCAUCCAAAAUCUCUCUCCUUUCUUUCACCUUUUUUCUGCAUUUCUAUCCGACUAAAGACUCUCUGCAACUCUUUCAAAUCUGUCUCGCCUCGCUUUGAUGUUUAUUAACCAUAGAGAGGAGCUUACAAGAAAAGCCUAUCUUUCUCUCUCUACCCUCUCUCACAUUCUGAACAUUCAUGCAAAUCAUAAGCCACUCAUGAUAUAAUCACUACCUACUCCGUCUUCCUUUCUGGCUCUCUUUACAUCCUUUGCUCCUUCCCUUCUUCAACCCCAUUUCUCUCUUUCCUUCCAUCUUUCUCAUUCGUCUCAUACCUUCUUCCUUUUAUCUUCCGACACCCAAAUCUCCCAUUAUUCACUCCAUUUCUCGUUUUCUUGUCCGAACCUAUUGAAUCUUUGAAUAAUCUGAAGUUCUGAACCGGGUCUCUACCAUUUUUAUGUUCUCGAGCUCCCACUCUAUGAGAACCGCGUUGCCUUUCCCAGAUCUCUCCCUGCAGAUCAGCCCACCGGUAAUUCCCGAUUGUGAAGUUAAGGAUAUGAGCUAUGAUGGGUGGAUGAAGAAAACACUUCACAGCGAUAGGACCUCCACUACUGACUCUGGUAGUAGUGGGAGUGACGUAACCUAUGAGCAAGGAGGCUUCCUGCACUUUGAGAGGGGUUAUGAUCUUCGAGGGUCUGAACCCACGUUGAGUCUAGGGUUUGAAACGGCAGCUCUAAAUCCUCCACUCAUGCAACCACCAAGCAAUCUUCACUACCUCCAGCAACCUCAAAUCUAUGGUCGUGAUUUUAAAAGAAAUUCAAGAAUGGUUAAUGGAGGAAAAAGAUGCGUUAGAGCUCCUAGAAUGAGAUGGACCACAACUUUGCACGCCCAUUUCGUUCACGCAGUGGAACUCCUUGGUGGCCAUGAAAGAGCAACACCUAAAUCAGUAUUGGAGUUAAUGAAUGUGAAGGAUCUAACUCUAGCUCAUGUAAAGAGUCACUUGCAGAUGUAUAGAACAGUGAAGAGCACUGACAAAGGAGCAGGCCAAGGGCAGAGCGAGAUGGGUUUGAUUCAAAGAUCAGAAGCCGUCGAAGUGGAAGGUGGCAUAUCAUCGUGUGAGAGAUCUGAUCCAAAUCCUUUUUCUUAUUCUCUCAACCCCUCCCCACCACCACCGAAAUCUCCAAGAGGCUCAUGGUCAUCAAUGGAGAAAAAUGGUUGGAGCCCGUCAGCUAAAGAAAGUGGUUUAAUGCCUUAUCCUUUCGAACCAACGGACUUAACAAAUGAGAAGAACCAGGUGGUCGGAGCAAACCACUUUGCGUCGCAAAAUGAAAGGGAGAAGUUGUAUUUAAGCUCUUUGGAAUCUUCAGAUGUGCGGCCGAAUCUAGAGUUCACCCUGGGAAGACAAAGUUGGCAAAUGGACUACGCCGAACCUUCAAAUGAAUUAACCCUCCUCAAGUGUUAAUUGUUUAAAUACUAUUAAUACAUAUAUUUUGUAAUUUUGAGAGUGGAGAGAAAAGAUAAUUGAUUUUCGAAAUUAAUGUUCAUUCCCACUGAUGAUCAGCUUA